AUGUCCCUGGCGGAGCGGCGGCGGGAGGAGGAAGGGGAGCGGGAAGGGGAAGCAGGGGAUGGGGCCGGUGCCGGGGAGGAGGUGGUGCAGAUCCGGCUGGGGGACAAAUGCUACCCGGUGUGCAAGAGGAAGCUGAUCGAGCAGAGCGACUAUUUCCGAGCGCUCUACCGCUCGGGAAUGAGGGAGGCAGGGCAGGGCCAGGAGGAGCAGCUGCUGCGUGGGGGGCUUAGCGCCCUGGGGCUGGAGCUGGUGCUGGACUUCAUCAAUACGUCCUGCCUGGCCCGGCUGGAGCAGGAGGUGGGCGGUGAGAAGGAGCCGCCGCUGCUGGAGGAGCUGGUGGAGGCCGCUUCCUACCUGCAGGUCACGCCCCUACUGCGGCUGCUGCUGUCGCAGGUACGCCUCGGCAACUGCUUCGAGCUGCACCGCCUGGCGCAGGUGUACGGCCUGCAGGACCUGCACGACGCCUGCUUGGACUUCAUGGCCGCCCACUACCACCAGGUGCUGCGCAGGCCCGACGCCCUCCCGCACCUUCUGCUGCCCUCGGCGCUGCAGCAGCAGCUGCGGGAGCGGCGCAUGAGGGGCACGGCCACCCUCGUGCUGCUCGGGGACUUCAUGGGCGCCUGUCCGCAGGGGCUGCCCGCCGGCUCCCACCCCGCGGGGGACGCGCCCUGGGCCAUGCUCAGGUACGACGAGGAGGCGCAGCGGUGGCUGCCGCUGGCCAAUAACCUGCCCGCCGAUCUGGUGAGCGUCCGCGGCUACGGCUCGGCCACGCUGGACAAUUACCUGUUCAUCGUCGGCGGCUACCGCAUCACCAGUCAGGAGAUCUCGGCCGCGCACUGCUACAACCCGUGCCUUAACGAGUGGAGCCAGCUGGCCUCGAUGAACCAGAAGAGAUCCAACUUCAAGCUCCUGGCUGUCAGUGGAAAGCUCUAUGCCAUCGGUGGCCAAUCCCUUUCCAAUGUGGAGUGCUACAACCCGGAGAAUGACUGGUGGAAUUUUGUGGCAUCCAUGCCAAACCCUCUUGCAGAAUUCUCAGCUUGUGAAUGCAAGGGCAAGAUCUAUGUUAUUGGAGGAUACACUGCACGAGGCAGGAACAUGAGCAUCCUGCAGUAUUGUCCCACUUCUGAUUCCUGGACAAACUUGGAGCUGUGUGACGUGCACAUCCGCAAGCAGCAGAUGCUGUCUGUGGAGGAGACCAUCUACCUGGUGGGAGGCUGCAUCCUCGACCUUGGACCAAACCAGAGAUCCGGCCCCAGCGAGGACCUGCUAACGGUGCAGUCCUACAACACUACCACCAAAGAGUGGCUCUACCUCAAUGAGAACUCAUCCAAAUCUGGCCUUAACUUGACUUGCACUCUCCACAAUGAUGGAGUCUAUAUCUUGAGUAGGAAUAUUACUCUGUCUUCCAGCUUGGAGCAGCGUCUAUUCCUGAAGUAUAACAUCUUCACAGACAGUUGGGAGUCACUGGGGCGUUUCCCAGCCUUUGGACAAAACAUUCUGAUCUGUUCUAUGUAUUUGCCUGAUGGGCGAGAAGUGUAACAGCAUGAGGGUUUUCUUUUCAGUUCAUUAAUUGUUCUUUGAUGAGAUAUUUCUCCCUCUGAAUAAUUCCAUUUUCAGAAUGUAAUGUUGUUGCAUAAUGCAGGCAUAAAAUACUGAUUCUAUUCUCUAAAAAGGUUUCAGAAUUCAAUAUGAAGAGAAAUGCUUCCAGAAACAGUUUUAAGAUGUCAAUUUAAAAAUUCUACUGGUUUGGAUUAAAAUUUCACCAGGUAUUGUUUACAAUUUAAACAUAAAAUAAUUGUGUUGGCAACUGAUACAGAAGUUCCAAAAGCAAAACUGAUCAGUCUGGUUUUAUUUUUCAUCUUAAUAGACAGUGUAGAACAAAACAUAUACAUUUUUAAAGUGGAAACAGUUCAAUAAAGUAAAAAAUUAGUAUAAUCAAAAUCACAACAGGAUUUAUUUAUUUUAAAAUACAGGCAAGCAAUGUUCUGUCAAAUGCACAGUUUCAAAUUGCUUAUGCUGUCCCAUUUUUAUCUCUUCCAUGGCAGCAAGUGAGAUUCUCAAAGGUGCCAGCAAUUGGGGUCCCAUCAAGAAGAACUUCCUCUGGAUUAUUUAUAGUGCAGUGCUUUGCCAGGGACUGGUAGGAAUUGCCUACAGUUGCUAAUUGGAAAGUAGAUGCUCCUUUAAUUGAAGUUGGCAGCAUUUCAAGCUACUAUUAAGAUAGAGGUAAAAAGGCUCUUUAUUCAAAGGGUGGAGUUUCCUAAUUGUCAUAAAGGUUUAAGUUUUAGUUACCUUGUUGUGUUCUGUAGUACCUAGAACUGAGUUUUAAAGAUCAAAUUGUAGUUUUGAGCUGCCUGUCGUGAAAAUGUCCAUGAGCAUGAGCAGAUAUGAUCCUGCUCCAUGCGCAUUCUGAUUAGUAACACUCCUGUGGGAGACACACCUGGAAGGCUUGGCUUUUGUAGAUGACUCCCUGAACACCUUCCCCAGAGCAGGGACAUGUGAGUGUUGGCUCUUCCUUGUAUCAUCAGGAGAGGUUGCCUCAGGUUUGCCAGCCACGGUUGUUCAUCUCUGUGAAGGGCACUGUAAGGUGCUCACUGUGAACUUUCCUUUGUGGGGAUUCUAGAUAUCGUUGUGGGGAUACUGUGGGCGCUCCUUCCCAUUCCUGCCUCUUGCCAGAGAGAACUGUGGCCAUGAUUGGCCCCUUUUCUCCUUGUAGCUGACAAAUGCAAAAGCAUCUUGAGGUGCCUGCCCAGGUCUAGAAUGUGUGUCCUCACAACACAGAGAGGAAAAGCUCUGGGUUACCAUGAGAAGAGCUAGGUUAGACCUGUGCUAAACACAUUGUAGGUAUGCUGGUUCUGCUCCAGCUGCUCACCCACAUGAUGAGAUUUAAAGCACCUGAACACAUUCCUAGUGUGUGGAGAUACCUUUUUUAUUUCUUCAUCAGAAUUCAGGAAUCUGAAUCUUUUGAAAACAGGGUCCUGUUGUACAGAGGAGGAGGCAGCAGUGGUUCCCUCAAGGUCCUUGUAACUCCUUGCUUUUCCACAGUUUUGAAUAAAACCAGUUCUUACUAAAGGGUUACCAGUCUUAAAGUGCCUUGCCAAUCACUGCUCACACAUUAAUCUUAGUGCUUCCAAUCACCUGUUGUAACGCAAACAGAAAAUCCCAGAAAACUUCUCCAGAAUGAGGACAUUUGUAUUUGAACAUUUUUAGGAUUAAAGAAACCACAACACAAGGUAUUUUGGAUGUCUAAAAUUUACCUUUUUGGGUGAAACUUUUGCAGCCUGGUGGAGAAUGUCAUGUGUCAUCCCAAAGUGGUGCCUGCCACUCAGCUAUGUUUGACUUCAAUUAGCUAAGUCCAUGUUGAUGUGUUUUUAUUUCCUUUGAAGACAUUGUACAGCUGCUGUGUUUUGACAGCAGUAUCAGACCACACAAUUGCUCUUCUGCAAUGGAGCAAGAAGGUGACUUUCAUAAGAUGCUUCCUUCAGAAGUGUUUCAGAAUAAAUAUAAGCAGGGUGCCAUUGUCUGGUGAUAAAUUAUCUUAGUCACAUUAUGCUACUUGCUUUCCUAAAUUUACUUUCAGUUCCAGAUUCAGUACCCUACAGUCAACUGUGACCAGUACUGGUGGAGGGAAUCGCAUCCAAGUUCUCUUUCCUGGCAAAUUGACGAAGAAACUGCUGGGUUUGCAGUGGGGUGUAUCAAAUCAUGUCCUUUCAAGCCCAUUCAUUUCUUAGUGCAGUCAUAAUUCCAAAAACUGUGACAUCACCUCCUUAGUGUGAUUACUCUUUUUCAGAAGAGGCCUUUCCACACUGGGUUUAUCUUGGUUUCAACUUCCAAGUGACCACCUUGAACACCUGCUCAAAAGCAAAAGACAAAGAUGUGUCUGACUGUAAAUACCAUCAGACCCUCUCGUCAGUCCAUGGUGCAAAUGCCUACUACACUGACAUUUAACAGUACUGCAGUCACAAAUCAAAACUGGUGUUUAAUUUAGUGGUAGCAUUAAUUAGUAUACAUUACUGCAGGCUGAAAUAAAAAUAAAUGGGGAUUUUUAAACAAAAUCAUUUACAGAAAAGUAUGCAGUGUGUGUGACCCAGUACUUCAAGAAAGAAACCAAAAACUGUAAUGACUGUCAUUUUCUUUUUAUCAGUUUUAUAUUUCAUAUUAAUUUUUUAUAUUUUUGUGGCAAGGCGAAGUGUCUGAGAGCCACUAACAGAAUAAUUAAAACACUUUUUAGCCAAUGGAAA